GAAAGACUUGGCAAUGGAGAAACUGACUCAGUGUUAACUUCACUUCGAUCACAAGAAACUAGUCCCCAGUCUCCAGUUAUGUCGAAAAAGUCCUCAAAUGUGGAACAGAAACAAAAAGAGGCAAAGGAGGCUAGUGAAAGGCUAAUCCAAAUGGAAAACGAACAGCGAGUAAAGGAGCUAGAGAUCCAAAAGCUGACCGCUCAGCUGCAGCUGACAAAACAGCGAACCGAUGAUGCAAGGAAAGUUGCUGCUCUCAACAAAUCCCGGGCUGAACAAGCCGAACGAAGAUCGCAAGUAUCGGAUAAUGAUACAGUACAGAACUUCCUUAUUAACCGUCACUUAGAAAAACAUUCAGAGCUACCCAAUGAAAACAAAGAACAAAGACAGACAUUUUCUCCCAUUAGACUUAAAGGAGUGGAUCUCCCUAUCGUCUCUGGCGAAGAAAAAAGUGACUAUGAAUCCUGGAAGGCAGCAUUCCUGUCU